GUGUGUGCGCGUCUUGAGUCUGUUGUUGUGGCGCGCAAUUCAAACCAUACAAAUCCAUCGAAUCCAUUUACUGAUCCUCCGCACAACCGCAACGCUUAACGACUGCACUUCAACUGUCUACACCCGAACUGCAAAAGCCAAAGCUACUGCCGACUACAUUGCCAAACUCAGUUCACAAGGAAUGCAGAGCUUUUUGUACAUUCGUCAGAAAUAUGAUUCAGCAACGUCAACAAUGCUUGUUCGCUUACUUGAUAAGCCAGCCACACAAAGUGUUUGUCCCCCAAACGUCUCCGUUUCCAGUUGCCUUUCUCAUACGCUGCCCUACAGUUGUGCGCUUAAGCCCCAUCAUCAUGAUGUACUCCAAAGCUGAAGUAGUCCAAGCCAUCAAUAUGUCGCUGGGUGCAAUGCAUUGCACGAGAUGCGCCGACGGUUUCGAGCCCACCGAAAAGAUUGUCAAUUCCAACGGCGAGCUUUGGCAUACGCAGUGCUUUGUCUGCGCUCAGUGCUUCCGUCCGUUUCAGGAUGGCAUUUUUUACGAGUUCGAGGGACGCAAGUAUUGUGAACGGGACUUCCAUGUGCUAUUUGCGCCCUGCUGCAACAAGUGCGGCGAGUUCGUUAUCGGGCGUGUUAUCAAGGCCAUGUCCGCCAGCUGGCAUCCACAAUGCUUCCGCUGUCAGCUGUGCGCCAAAGAGUUGGCCGACAGUGGCUUCAUACGCAACCAGAAUCGUGCGCUAUGCCAUGAAUGCAAUGCCAAGGUGAAGGCCGAGAUAACAGGUCGUUAUGUGUGCCAAAAGUGUCACGGGUUGAUUGACGAAGAGCCAUUGCGCUUCCGGGGCGAAGUCUAUCAUGGCUAUCACUUCAAUUGCUCGGCCUGCGGCAUAGAAUUGGAUGCUACAGCGCGCGAGGUCAAGAGUCGCCCGGGCCUGGCUGCAAACGAUAUGAACGAACUGUAUUGUCUGCGCUGUCAUGACAAGAUGGGCAUUCCCAUUUGCGGCGCCUGUCGUCGACCAAUUGAGGAGCGUGUGGUUACAGCGCUGGGCAAGCACUGGCACGUCGAGCAUUUCGUGUGCGCCAAGUGCGAGAAGCCCUUCCUGGGUCAUCGUCACUACGAGAAGCGCGGCCUGGCAUACUGCGAGACGCAUUAUCAUCAGCUCUUUGGCAAUCUGUGCUUUGUGUGCAACCAGGUCAUUGGUGGAGAUGUUUUCACCGCUUUAAACAAGGCGUGGUGCGUGCAUCAUUUUGCCUGCUCCGUGUGCGAUAUGAAAAUGACGCAGAAAUCAAAAUUCUACGAGUACGAUGAGAAGCCGGUGUGCAAGAAAUGCUAUGAACGGUUUCCCAACGAACUGCGACGUCGCUUGCGCACCGCACACGAGAUGACCAUGAAGAAGAAUGUCUAGUGGAUGAGCUGCAGCCUCGAACUGGCCAGCCUUCCAUCACACAAAUCUACACCAAAACGUGUUAAGUCAAAGUGCCUUCUGUCGUUCAGCACAAACGACCGCUUAGUUCUCUGUUUGUAGUUGUCCACUUCUAACAUUCGAUGUUAAUUCUCGAAACUAAAAACUUGUGCCUUUCUUCACAUUUCUGUAACAUUGUAAUUUUUGUUGUACUGUAUUUCUAAACAAAAGCGUGUAUUGUCUUGAUAA